CAAUUCACACAGAACUCGGACAGUUUCUAGCGAGUUGGCAGCUCUGCUGGAUAUUAACAGCUGAUUUUUAAUGUAAACGCACAUAAGAACAAAACUAGGCGAGUUUUGGAAUAAAUAAUGGCAUUUUGCAUUGCUGUGAUUGGUAAAGACAAUGCGCCAUUGUACUUGGCCACAUCCGAUUUGGAACGGGAGUUGGAUCUGCAAUAUCAUGUACAUGCAGCACUCGACGUGGUUGAAGAAAAGUGUCUAGUGGGCAAGGGUGCACCCGAGUCCAAGGAACUCUACUUGGGCCUGCUCUUUUCCACAGAGAAUCAUAAAAUCUACGGUUUUGUCACCAACUCCCGGGUCAAGUUUAUAGUUGUCAUCGAUUCCAGCAACAUCGCAUUGCGGGAGAACGAAGUGCGUGCGAUAUUUCGCAAUUUGCACAUGCUUUAUACGGACGCUGUUUGCAAUCCAUUUUACAUUCCGGGCGAGCAGCUGACCUCCAAAAAAUUUGAUCGAGCAGUGCAGAAACUUAUGAGCAGCAAUGCUUAACGUUAAGAUUAGGUAUUUAUUAUAUUAACUUAUGCUACCUAUACCCCUAGAAAUAAUCAUAUACAUUUGUACCCAACUAACUUGCUAAAUAAACAAUCUGUUGAAGAAAACUUAA